AUGGAGACCCCUCGGACAAUAUCAGCAAAUCUCACUUCCUAUUUGACCCUUUUCAAUGGAAUUUGCUCGAUUAUUGGCUGGAUUUUAGCCAGUUUUCUGUAUCAGAUUGUCUACUAUCGUUUCUUCCAUCCUCUUAAAAACUAUCCAGGUCCAUUCUGGGGUACCGUUACCAGACUUUGGUAUACUUAUCAGAGCUACAAUCAAAGCGAGUUGGUAGUCUAUGAGAAUCUCUUCAAAGAAACGAAAGCUCCUGUAAUACGCAUUUCACCCACAACUCUCCUAGUCAAAUCAGCCCUCGCUCUACCCAUCAUUUAUCACCGCAAUGCAGUCAAAUCCAGAUUCUACAGCAAUGGAGGUUUCCCUGCUGAACCUGUUAUAAGUAUUCGCGACCAUCAAGCACAUUCUUAUCGUCGAAGACUUAUAGGACCUCCUUACUCAUACUCAAAGAUAAUAAAAGCCGAGCCCCUCGUUGAUAAGAUAGUCUCGGCAUGGCUUACGAGACUGAAUGAGCUUUUUGUCGAGACUCGAAAACCUGUGAAUAUGGCAAGUUGGGCUACUUACUUUGCAUUUGACACAAUCAGUGAAGUGGGAUUCGGGCAAGCUUUAGGCUUUGUCGAGAAUGGAGAAGAUGUGGGCGGAUUGAUUCAAAGUGUACAUGAUGGCAUUGAGAUAUUUGGUGUCAUGGCGCAUUUAUACCCCUUUGUAGAAUGGGUAACAUCAGGGCCAUUAGGUCGGUUCUUUACCGCGACACCAGAUAUGAAGAAUGGCAUGGGUCAGCUGAUGAGAUGGAGAAAUAAAAUCAUCAAUGCGAGAAUUACAGAAAUUGAGGAAGGAAAAAGAAGAGAUCGUGUAGAUAUUCUAAAAUCAUUUUUCGAGGCCAGAACACCCGAAGGAAACCCUAUGAGCCGAGAUGAAUUGGAGGCCGAAGUUUUGGUUGUCCUAAUUGCCGGAGCAGAUACUACGGGUACAUCCUUCAGCUCCAUUGUAACCGAUAUCCUCUCGUCGCCUGGUGAUUAUAAACGAAUGGUGGCUGAGAUAGAUGCCGGAUUUGCGGCCGGAAAUCUUUCACAGCCUGUUCCAACAGCCGCAGAAGUUUCAAAGCAUUGUCCGUUUUAUGUUGCAUGCAUAAAAGAAGCUCUUCGACUUACCCCAUCCUCACCAGUACUUUUUCCUCGAGAAGUAAUGGCCCAUCAACCUCCUCUAGUAAUUGAUGGCAAAGUAAUUCCAGUCGGUACUGAAAUCAGCUGUUCUGCCUAUUUUGCAAACCGCGACAAGGAAAUAUAUGGUGAAGAUGCCGAGACUUUUCGCCCCGAACGAUGGCUUGAAAAUGAUGAAAAGGCGAAGCUUUUUGAGAAGUACAAUUUCACUUGGGGAUAUGGAUCAAGAAUAUGCUUAGGCAAGGACCUUGCGUAUAUGGAGUUGAUGAAAGGUCCUUUGAUGUUCUUUCGUAGUUUUGACUUCAAGUUAUGUGCAUCGAGUAAGGAAAUACCUGGUCCACCCAAGCGUGUUACAGCAGGCGGUUUAUUUCAUUGGCAGAAUAUCUGGCUUGAUCUAGAAAAGCGUAAGGUUUGA